UGUUCGUCUCUUUCCUCGCUUUUGCUUUCGACUUCUCGUUCUUUGUGAGCCGAAGGAGAGGAGAAGAGGAGAGGGUGGGGUUGGAGAAGAGGACGACGACGAGAAGGAGGAGGAGGAGAUGGGUUGGUGUCCGUGCAACGGGAGGAAGAAGGCGAAGAAGAAGGGUCAGAGGCCAGCUCCAUCAGAAAGCGCAAAGGUGAACCCUCCUCCAUCUGAUAUAGAGAAACAAAAAUCAUGGGAAGCGAAGGAGGCACUGAAAGAAAGUUCACUAGAAGUAAGCAAGGAGCUCACAAUGCAAAACUCAGUAGAAGCAAAAAAGGAAGACUCCGAUAAUUGUUCUGAACAUAUUGCUGCUCAAACUUUCACCUUCCGGGAGUUGGCGGCUGCAACAAGGAAUUUUAGAGUUGAUUGCCUUUUAGGGGAGGGAGGCUUUGGCCGAGUUUACAAAGGAAAGAUAGAGGGCGUAAACCAGAUUGUGGCUAUAAAGCAGCUUGAUCGAAAUGGCUUGCAAGGGAACCGAGAAUUCCUUAUGGAGGUUUUGAUGUUGAGCCUGCUUCACCACCCGAACCUUGUUAAUUUAAUAGGUUAUUGUGCUGAUGGGGAUCAAAGGCUUUUGGUUUACGAGUACAUGCCAUUAGGAUCCUUGGAAGAUCAUCUUCAUGAUCUUACUUCAGAUAAGAAGCAUCUAGACUGGAACACAAGAAUGAAGAUAGCUGCCGGUGCUGCUAAAGGACUAGAGCAUUUGCAUGACAAAGGGAAUCCACCUGUUAUAUACCGUGAUUUGAAAUGCUCCAAUAUUUUACUUGGAGAGGGAUAUUAUCCCAAGUUGUCAGAUUUUGGACUGGCAAAGCUUGGACCUGUGGGUGAUAACACUCAUGUUUCCACAAGGGUGAUGGGUACAUAUGGAUAUUGUGCGCCGGAGUAUGCAAUGACUGGCCAGCUGACUCUAAAAUCAGAUGUUUACAGCUUUGGAGUUGUGCUUUUGGAGCUCAUCACGGGACGGAAGGCCAUCGACAAUUCUAGAGCUUCAGGAGAGCACAAUCUUGUUGCUUGGGCACGACCAUUGUUUAAAGAUCGAAGAAAGUUCACACAAAUGGCAGAUCCUGUGCUGCAGGGAAAAUACCCUGCAAGGGGGUUGUAUCAAGCACUUGCUGUGGCUGCAAUGUGUGUUCAAGAGCAACCCACCAUUAGGCCGCUUAUAGCCGACGUGGUCACUGCACUGACAUACCUGGCCUCUCAAAACUAUGACCCCGAAACCCAAACGGCGCAAAGCAAUCCUCGUUUGAUGACACCUGGUACUCCUCCAAGAUCAAAAAGGUGCCAGUGAAGGAAACCCAAUUGGCCAAAUCCGGAAUCGGAUAAUGCUCGUAAAUGGUGAGGCUCUGGGCAAUGGAGCAGAUGAUGUAACACUUCCAAGCAUCAAUAUACCAUUUUGAUAUCUGUGGGUCUUUACUGGAGAGAAUGAAUGUGCUGUUGUUGUAUGUCUCCAUGGUCAAAGGUUCAGUGAUAUUCCCUCUUUGGAUGUCUACUUGGUGAGUGGUCACCGAAAUUUUGAAGCAUUUUAGAUAAACCAAUGCUGCACAAAUGGUAUCAAAUUCUUUUGGAGAAAUGUUACAUUUCUCAUGUAUGUAAAUGUAAGGGUCAUUGUAUUCUGAUAUAUGUGUUAAGGCAUAUUUUGGCAUCACUAACAACUUUAUAUUGCUUACCAAGAUUAAUCAUCUUCUUUUAUUC